UCUGGAGAUGCUGCGGCAGGUCGUUGCGUGGCGCCAAUGCUCGCGGCUUGUGGGGCCAGCGCGGAGCGGCGGUCGCAGGGAGGUCGCUUCCGGCGCUCCUCCUUCGGGCGGCGCCUCGCCCGGAGCCCUAAACAUCUUCGACAGAGAUUUGAAGAGGAAGCAGAAGAACUGGGCCGCCCGGCAGCCCGAGCCCACGAAAUUUGACUACCUGAGGGAGGAGGUUGGAAGUAGGAUUGCAGACCGUGUGUAUGACAUAGCCAGAGAUUUUCCCCUUGCGCUGGAUGUGGGAUGUGGAAGAGGCUACAUAGCACAACAUUUGAAUAAGGAGACAGUGGGAAAGAUCUUCCAAACAGACAUUGCAGAACAUGCUUUGAGAAAUUCCUUGGAAACAGAUAUUCCUAUUGUGAAUGUAUUAGCUGAUGAAGAAUUCCUUCCCUUCCAAGAAAACACGUUUGACCUGGUGGUUAGCAGCUUAAGUUUGCACUGGGUGAAUGACCUUCCGAGAGCACUUGAGCAGAUUCAUUAUGUCUUAAAACCAGAUGGGGUGUUUGUUGGCGCAAUGUUUGGAGGCGACACGCUCUAUGAACUCCGGUGUUCAUUACAGUUAGCAGAAACAGAAAGGGAGGGAGGAUUUUCCCCACAUGUCUCUCCUUUCACUGCUGUCAGUGACCUAGGACAUCUGCUUGGAAGAGCUGGCUUCAAUACGCUGACUGUGGACACUGAUGAAAUUCAAGUUAACUACCCUGGACUGUUUGAGUUGAUGGAAGAUUUAAAAGGUAUGGGUGAGAGCAACUGUUCUUGGAACAGAAAAGCCCUGCUGCACCGAGACACGAUGCUGGCAGCUGCAGCUGUUUACAGAGAAAUGUACGGAAAUGAGGACGGCUCCAUACCUGCCACGUACCAGAUCUACAACAUGAUCGGAUGGAAAUACCAUGACUCUCAGGCAAGGCCGGCUGAAAGAGGUUCUGCAACUGUGUCUUUUGGAGAGCUAGCAAAACUAAAUGAUGUCAUAUCACAGGGGAAAAAGUAAUAAAUAUUUUAUCCAAUUGUAA